GAAACCAGCCCGGAGUACCCCGCCCAUCCUCUUCCGGCGCCGGCAUGGGAAUGGAAACAUCUGCCCCACAUGCCGGAAGCCAGCUGGCGACGAAAACUGCGCGCCACCCGGCGUCCCGCCGCGGCGAGCUUGCGCGAGGAGCCUCGCGAGACGAGCUCGCCGAAAUGGCCGCGUCCAGUCAAGGAAACUUGGAGGGAAAGUUUGAGGCACUGGACCUUGCAGAAUUGGCUAAAAAGCAACCAUGGUGGCGCAAGCUAUUUGGGCAAGAAUCUGGACCCUCUGCCGAAAAAUAUAGUGUGGCAACCCAGCUGUUAAUUGGAGGUGUCACAGGAUGGUGUACUGGUUUCAUAUUCCAGAAGGUUGGAAAGUUGGCUGCAACAGCUGUUGGAGGUGGAUUUUUUCUCCUUCAGCUUGCAAACCACACUGGAUACAUUAAAGUCGACUGGCAGCGAGUAGAGACAGACAUGAAAAAAGCCAAAGAGCAGCUGAAGAUACGUAAGAGCAACCAGAUAACAACUGAGGUCAAGAGCAAAGCUGAGGAGGUUGUGUCAUUUGUGAAGAAGAAUGUUAUAGUGACUGGAGGAUUUUUUGGAGGCUUUCUGCUCGGCAUGGCAUCCUAAGAAGGACAAUUAUACUUCCAUUUUCUGUUUUUUUCCAGCCAACAGCCAGCCUCUACAGUUCAUCAUAGAGCAUCAAGUAUCUCUCUUCUCUUCUCCUGUGCCUUCCUCCCUGUUGUGACAGAUCUGAAUGGCUUCUCUAGGCGUUUGUUGGUACAAGUUAAUACCAGUCCUAUUAUCAGCUCAAAAGUGACAGAAGAGACAGUAGACAUUAGUUCUCCUCCUGGUACACACUCUGCUUGGCCAACUCUAGGUCAGCAAGAAUGUUCCUUUUCCCUCUAUAUAACAUACUUGCCAGAACACAUUGCAAGAUCGUUCACUAAGGAGGGUGUUAGGGUCCUCAAAGAAGCACAUAGUUACCUUAUUAUGUGCUACAUGGAAAGGAACUGAAUACAUUUGCCUUUAAGCAUGAACAAUUUUGAUAUCUUAGUCUUGGUGUGUACUUUCUUUUUAAGUUAGUUUUAGAUUACAGGAAGAGUGCUAUUUAUACCAGCUAUAAUUAUCCUGACAAAAAUGGCAGCCUAAGAACUAUAACUGAUAAAAUCUGAAUGUGAGAUGAACUUAGGCUAAAGGUAUAUGCUGUGUUGAAGAUACUGUAUUUGAUGACAAAAUCUAGGGAAACCAACUAGAAAUCCAUUUUCAGAUGAUUAGAUGACUUGUUCAGGAAUGUUUCCUGUCAUACUGGAUAAUACAUGUCAUCGCUGUUUCUAAAGGCUUUAUUUAUAUAUUAAGACAAGUAUUUUAGUGGGAGAAGAAAGAAGCUCUUAGAUUAUUUCUUAGAAAAGAUUUUAUGUGGCUGGGUGUAGUGACACAUGCCUGUAAUCCCAGCUACCUGGGAGGCUGAUUUAGGAGGAGAGCUUGGAAAAGGGCUAGGUAGAACACUUGGCUGGGGAUUUGUUAGGCCCUGGGUUCAGUCCCCAGCACUAAAAGAAAAAAAAGAUUUGAAAUGUAAAAUAUUCUUCACAUCUCUCAAUACAUUAGGGGCAGCGAUAGUUCUGUGUUCCUAGAUACAUCAUUUAAACCAGAAUUUGAAGGAGGUAGCAUUCCAGGCAUUUAGAAUGAGAAAUAAUGAUGGUGCAAUAUAUGUUGAAUAAAUUUCCAUCAUCAAGUGCAAUCUGCUGUCUCAUGAUGAUCUCUUAACUCUCAGAAUUAUUCUUUUAAAUAAAAAUUGAUAUACACACACA